AUGUCCCGAUCCGCCGCGGACGCUACGCGGUUCACGGCCACGGGCCCCUACGCAUCCUCCAAGUCCAAUGGCACGCCCUACGAGCUUCCCAGUUUCAUGAAGCAGCAGGGGAACACAGCUCCCCAGCCUAAGACGCCGCAGAUGGGCCCUGAUGGCAAGCCGGAGACUCCUAAGCAGAAGGUGGAACGAUUGCGGGCACAGGCUCGGGCGGCGCGGAUGACGCAGUCGUCAUCGGGCAUGUACCGAGCUAUUGAGGUUGGUCGUCGGGUGGCCAACAAGGCUCACAAGGGAAUGGUGUAUUCGCUGAUUAUUGCGUCGGGUGUCUGUGGUGUCCUCACAGCUUACUCUAUGGUCUCGUUGACACUUUACAACCGUCGCCAACGCACCCUGUGGAUCGAAAGAGAGACCGAGAUUUUGAAGCAGGCCCGCAUCGCCCAGGCCAACGGUGUUGCCACCCCCGAACAAAUCGAGCUUGUCAAGCAGGAUGAUAUCGACGAGAUCUUCAAGCGGAAGAAGGCGGAGGAGAAGGCACAGCGACCAUGGGCCAAAGCGAAGCGAUUCCUGUUCGACAAGAUGAAUCCCGAGGACGCCGGUACCGUCGCCGUCCAGGCUUCGACUGCUGCGACAUCAGUGGCCGACGCCCCUCAGACCAGUGUUGUUGAAGCCGUCAAGGCUAAGCAGGCCUUCGAUGCUGCUGCCGCUAAGACCGGAAGCCCCAUGCCCGGGCAGUUGGAUGUGAUGGCCGAGAACGCGGAGCGCGCUGCGAAGGAGAAGACACGCAGCUGGACCAGCUGGUUGACGGGGCGGUAG